GUGGAUUACUGUAAGGGACAGAGGAAAGCUCAGUCUUAGUCGAGUAGGACUGUGUGAUUAUCUGCUUCAACAUGAGGACCCUUCCAGUCAACUUUCUCCUGCUGCUGUCUGUCUGGAGCGUGUGUGUAUGGGCUGACAGCGGGAGGAUACGACAGAAGCGUGCAUGGAUCAUUGAUUCAUUUAGUAUUGAGGAAGAACACCCUGGUCCAUUUCCAUACAAACUAGGCAAGAUUGAACUUGAUAAGUCUUUAGUAAAUUUUGUGCUACAUGGUCAAGGUGUGGACGAAGAUCCAAAGAAUAUUCUCAGCAUUACAGACACAGGUGAAAUUAGAGUACAUAAAAAGAUGGACUAUGAAAUCGACCCUAAAGUUCUCCUUUUGAAAUUUGAAGCAAUAAAUAAAUCCAAUAAUGAAGUGACAAGGCUUGGGCUUGAGAUCAAAAUAUUGGACAUAAAUGACCAUGCACCAAAAUUUCAAAAGUCAGUCUAUGAAGUGACAGUGGACGAGUCACAUGCUCAAGACAAAAGUGUACUGACUGUACUGGCAACUGAUGAUGAUGAUUCAGAAACAAACAAUGGAACAUUCAGUUUCACAAUAAAGUCUGUCACACCAAAAACAGAUAAUGUUGAAUUUUAUAUUCAGCAGCAAAAAGAAUCUGGGACCAUAUAUUUUAAGGGGUGUUUGAACUAUGAGAAAGCUCAGAAAUAUACAGUCCUUCUUGAAGCAAAGGACAAAGGCAAAAAGAUACAGCUCUCGAGUACAAGUACACUGAUAAUCAAUAUUUCGGAUAAUAACAACAAUCUGCCAGAGUUCUCUGGCAAAACGGGACCAGAGAAGGCCAAGGAGAGAGAAACUGGGGUUGAAGUUCUGCGACUGCAAGUAACAGACAAAGAUGUCCGUGGUUCAAAAGCUUGGAAAGCCAAAUACAUAAUUUACGGAGAUAAAAAAGAGAUAUUCAAAAUAGAAACAGACCCUGUUACGAAUGAAGGGAUUUUAACAGUUGUUAAGUCAAUGGACUACGAGGAGCAAACAUAUCACAAUCUGUCCAUCAGUGUGCAGAACGAAAUUCCUUACUUUUCCUGUAAGAUUAAAAAGAAAGUAUCGAAUGCCAUGUGGAAGUUCAACAAAAUACCCCCAAACUCUGACAUGAGUGUUGCAGACCUCUAUAAUAGCAUUCCAGUGACCAUUUAUGUUGAAGAUGUCAAUGACCCUCCGGUGUUUAUACCCCCUGUUAAACAUGUUGCAGUAAUGGAGAACAUAGAUGUAGGAACAAGUCUUACAACUUUCACCGCUAAAGACAUGGAUGGAAGCCACGUAAACACAUUUUCAUUUGUUAAAGGUGAAGAUAUUGAUGGAUGGAUAACUGUUGAUGCAAAGACUGGACAAGUAUCCACGGCUAUAAUUCUGGAUAGAGAGUCGCCAUUUGUUAUAGACGGCACCUAUAUAGCAACCCUGUAUGCUGUGGAUGAUGGUGUUCCUCCGCUGACAGGCACUGGAACUCUAGUGAUUCACCUGAAUGAUCAAAAUGAUAACGUACCAAUACUGGAGUUGAACAAAGUCAGCAUUUGCCAAGAUAAAGAGCCCACACUGGUCAACAUCACAGCCGUAGACCUGGACUUUCCUCCGUAUGGACCACCUUUCUACUAUGAGCUUUUAGGAGAUGUUAAGGACAAAUGGAGGGUUGAACCAGCUCAUGGCACAACGGUGGGUCUUGUAAAAGAAAACAAAGUGUUUUCAGGUCAUCACCUCCUCCAGAUCAAAAUAUCAGACCAGCAGGGAAUAUACUCUAUCCAGAACCUGACGGUCACGGUGUGUGACUGCUCUAUCACUCCCAACUGCCAUGUCAAGACUGUCUCAAAGACUCGGAUGGGGCCUGUUGCCAUCUGGAUGCUUGUUCUUGCAGUUCUGGUUCUCACAGCAAUGUGCUUAAUGAGUCUACUAAUCUCCUCCAAGACGGAAAUAAUUGCACUGAAUGAGGGCCUCAGUCAUCUCAUGACAACAAAUACAGAAAAUCCAGGAACUGACUGCUUGGUGAUGCAUAAAGGACAGCAGACAGUUUCACAGGCUCCACCGUCAGUCUACACCAACCAGCCAUUCAACCGCUCAAUAUAUAGGAAUUCCACAAGACAUACAUACAGAGGAAAUUUUGAGCAAUCGAGCAUCAGAUCAAGUUUUAGAAGCAUGCAUUCCUACAAAAUUAAUGCAUCUUACUUGGGUAAAAACCUCGCCGUUCUCAUCAACCAGAAACUAUUUGACCUCCAAACCUGUGAUGAGGAACAUGGUAUUUACAAACCGCACUGUUACGCAGAUGAAGGACAACCUAUGGACAAUGAUGAACUGGAUGCAAUAUCCAUUCCAGAAGAUGACUUUCAACCAGAGAUGCUCAGAAAUCUGGACAGCAGGUUCAGUCAACUAGCAACAAUCUCCAGACCUGACCUGAUGAGGAGGUGAAAUUAUCUCUGGACAAAUUUCCAGGGUAUAUAUAAAUAUAUAAAGGGGAAAAUGCAACAAAGGUCAUUGUGUUGCAAUGUUUUUUUUUUUUUUUUUCUUUCUUUUUUUUCUUUAGUUCUACAGUAUGCAUUUGCAUUUGCUGAAUGCAAAAAAUCACCAGUGUUUGCAAAGCAACAAGGGAAAAUUGUUAAAGUUUUAGUUGAGCUCAGGUUUUUGGGCUUUUGUUCUAUUUAUUUUUUUUUGUUCUGUGUUCAUGUGGAAUCAUUUGAAGAUAUUUAAUGCAAAAGAAAUAUGGUGGUGUAAUAAUUUGA